AUGCUGCUUUUACGCAUCGCCGUUUCUGUGGCGUUGUGCGUGACGUCGCAGGGAAGCAGCAACAAGUGGGAGCGAAGCGAAGUGACACCCAUUCAACUCGACCCCAAAUCGAUUAACGCUGAGGACACGUUUACGCACGAACAAGCGGAGAAGCGGCGAGAGAUGCGAGCGUACCGGUUUGACGUGUUUGGAGAGAGGCUGGUGUUGGAGCUGGAGUCUGAUGAGACUUUCCUCGCGCCCGGGUUUGUGUUCCACGUAAUCGGUUCUGCGGAAAUUCGAUUACCCGGUGAGCCAGAGUCGAAUCGAGCGUGCUUCUACUCCGGUAAAGUUAACGGGGACGUGAAAUCUGCCGCCGCUUUGAACGUGUGCCACGGACUGAGAGGUGGAUUCUACUACGGCGGGAGGGAGUACUUCAUCCAACCGCGCAACGGGAGCGACUACGGGAGCGCGCAGGAGGAGGACGUGCACGUGGUGAUGCGGGCGAUCAGCGGAGGUUUUGAGGCCGGGGUGACGGAGGAGGAGGGAGGCGUGAAGUGUGGGGUAAACGAAGAUGAAGCCCGAGUAAAGAAAGUGGAGCAGGAGGAGGCGCAAGCGGAGCAGAUGGACGCAGCUCAUCAGCGUUCCAAGCGCUUUGUCUCGUCUCCUCGGUUCCUGGAGAUCCUGCUUGUCGCCGACGGCUCCAUGGCACGUUUCCACGGUGCUGGACUCAAGCCGUAUCUCCUUACCGUGAUGGCGGUGGCGUCCAGACUCUACCGCCACCAUAGCAUUCAUAACUCCAUCUCCCUCGCUGUGGUCAAGCUCCUGGUGGUGACCGAGGAGGAGAAGGGUCCCCAGGUGUCCUCCAACGCCGCCAUGACCCUAAGGAACUUCUGUCAGUGGCAACGGCAGCACAACCCGCCCAGAGACAGCCAUCCGGAACACUACGACACCGCUGUGCUCUUCACCAGGACUGACCUGUGUGGUGCUCACUCCUGUGACACUCUGGGGAUGGCAGACGUGGGGACAGUGUGUGAUCCCGACCGGAGCUGCUCCAUCAUCGAGGACGACGGACUCCAGGCGGCUUUCACUGUGGCUCACGAACUGGGCCAUGUCUUCAACAUGCCCCAUGAUGACGCGCAGCUGUGCGCUGGGGUGAACGGCCCCCACUGGGGGUCCCACAUGAUGGCCUCCACCCUGUCCAACCUGGACCAGAGAGAGCCUUGGUCCCCCUGCUCCGCCCUCAUGGUCACCACCUUCCUGGACAACGGUCACGGACAGUGCCUCCUGGACCAGCCUCAGAGACCUCAGACCCUGCCCCAGACUCUGCCCGGGACGGUGUAUGACGCAGAUCACCAGUGCAGACUGACGUUUGGGGACGACUCUCAGCACUGUCCGGACCUCAGCAGUACUUGUUCCGCUCUCUGGUGCACAGUGACCACGUCGAAUGGUCUGCUGGUGUGUCAGACCAAGAACUUCCCAUGGGCCGACGGCACCAGCUGUGACCAGGACAGCAUCUGCCUCUCAGGGCACUGUGUGAGCAGGAGCCAGGCAGCAAAACAACAGGUGGCAGUGGACGGAGGCUGGGGUCUGUGGGGGCCGUGGGGAGACUGCUCUCGCUCCUGUGGGGGAGGAGUCCAGUAUUCCUUUAGGAGCUGUGACUCUCCGCUGCCCAAGAGCGGAGGACGAUUCUGCGAAGGAAAGAGAGUCCAGUACCGCUCCUGCAACACCGAGACCUGUCCUGAGACCAACGGUCUGUCGUUCCGUGAGGAGCAGUGCCUGGUCCAUAAUGACAUGUCAGCUCAGGUGUCACUGGGGUCGGGCGAGGGUGUGGAGUGGGUCCCCAAGUACGCAGGUGUCUCCCCCAAAGACCGCUGCAAACUGGUGUGCCGAGCCAAGGGGACCGGGUACUUCUUUGUGCUCAAGUCAAAGGUGGCGGACGGUACUCCCUGCAGCCCAGACUCCACCUCUGUGUGCGUUCAGGGACAGUGUGUGAAAGCCGGCUGUGACCGCGUCAUCAGCUCCACCAAGAGAUUUGAUAAAUGUGGAGUCUGCGGAGGAGACGGAUCUACCUGCAAAAAGAUCUCUGGAGCGCUGGAGCGAGCCAGACCCGGAUACCAGGAUGUGGUCACGAUCCCCGCUGGUGCGACUCACGUGGACAUAAAGCAGCGCUCGCCAGGCGCCGACAGCAGCUACCUCGCACUGCGCAGACAAGACGGCUCCUACUUACUGAACGGAGACUACAAACUCACCACUGUGGAGUCCGACAUCGCUCUGAAGGGUGCGCUGCUCCGAUACAGCGGCUCGGCGGCCAUCUUGGAACGCCUCCGAAGCUUUGCGCCGCUGCCUGAAGCUCUGACGGUGCAGGUCCUGUCCGUCGGAGAAUCCCCGCGCCCCAGGGUUAAAUACAGCUACUUUGCGCCACGGCCGAACAACAACGCGGCGAACGCAAACCAGCGCAGGCCGUCCAUCAACGCCAUCCGAGAGGUGGGGUUCGCCGAGUGGACUCUGCGCGAGUGGGGGCCGUGCUCGAAGACGUGUGGAGGCACCGGGAGCCAGCAGAGAGAGGUGGUGUGCAUCGACGCGAAGGGGAAGAGCUCCAGAGACUGCCCAGAGGAGCUGCGGCCUGUGGGGGUGAGGCAGUGUGCGACGUCGCCGUGUCCGUCCUGGCUGCUCGGCGAGUGGUCGGCUUGCUCCAAGGCUUGCGGCCGCGGCUUCAGGAGGAGACAGUUAAAGUGCGUGGAAGCGGACGGGCGCGAGAUGGCGAGCGAGAACUGCGAGAGCACGGACAGACCCAGGCCACUGCUGGAGCUGUGUAACCAGGGGCCCUGCUAG